AGAGACAGCAGAGAGACAACAGGGACACCAGUGAGACAGGAGAGAGAGAGCAGUGAGACAACAGGGACACCAGUGAGACGGCGGUGAGACAGCCAAGAGACACACCACUGCGAUGACUGCAUUCCUGCUGCUCCUCUCGGUGGCGCUCUCCUUCUCAGAGGCAGAGGAACACACCGUUAACGAACUUUUCUCUCUAAUCGGGAGCCCUUCGCAGAGAGUAAACGCAGGGGGCGCCAGUGAGUUGACAGAAGUAGCCCAUAAUAACCAGAGCAGGACUGGGGUGAAGGACCCUUCCGCGCCAGUCAACGAGUUGCUGGAGCAGAGCAUCAAAAGCGGAGACUCGAAGUACGGCCUUCAGGCCCUGCCUGCCGGGGUGUGGCCCAAGCACAGCGACCUGGCGCCUCCGCCCCGGCUGGGCCAUCACAACAAGAGCAAAAAGGCAGCCAAGAGCGAGCGGCUGCCCGUCGAGCACAACAGCGAGAAGAACCGGGGAGAGGGGCGCACUCAAGCCCCGGAGCCGCUCCCCAAAAUGCCGCCGGUCAGCGCCAGCAAUCGCACGCACAGGUUCCCCUCAGACCCGCUUCCCAACAGCCCCGCCGUCGACCCGGAUACCCCCUUUAACUCCCGACCUCGGAGUGCUCCGCAGCCCACGCCCCCUCGCAGGGACGCCCCGAACCGGAGGAUGGACCCUGAGGAGAACCGCCCGGGAAAGUCUAGCCUGUACCAGUCGGGCGCAAGGAACAGCAGCAGGCCAUCGGUGCUGUUCAACCGCAGGUCUUCCAGUCUCCUCUACCACUUCGAUGUCCUCAAGAAAGAGUCUGACUUCACCCAGGAAGCGGUGUGUCUCAGCGAGUGCAGGAAGGAGAGAGAGGAGAGGGAGCAUUACUGCUACAGCGAGUUCGCGGUUAAUGGCAUAGUGCACGACAUCGAGGUGAUACGUCGAGGAGUGCGGCUCAUCGUGCUGCUGGUCAACAGCGACGGAUUCUACAAGAUGAGCCGGCUGUACGUCACCCCGGACAGCUACUUCUUCAAAGUGCGCAUCUUGGUGCUGGACACAUACAAGUGUGCUAAGCCCUGCCCAGACCUCAAUCUCGGUAGCCGGUACGUUGUAAUGGGCCAGAUCUACCACCGGAGGCGCCACCUGCCCAACGACCUGCUCGGUCUGCUCGGCGGGAGGCUGAAGCCUGGGGACGGCCUUUUGCGGAGCAACAGUUACGUCAAGAGGUUCAAUAAGAGGAGGCAUCAGAAGGUUCAGGAGGCGUCCCGUUCGAGGUGUCGGUGAGUCAGCGACACCUCCUGCCCCCUGCUGCGCAGGUAGAGACACUGCAGCUGCUGCCAGAACUGCUGUAUUAUCACGCUGCAUACUCAGAAGGAAAGGAAGACGAUGCCUACUUUGUCCCGACCUUUCUGCAUACUAUUAAUAUAAGGCAAGUUUUUUUUUU